GUAGUUGGUGUAGUUAGUGUAGUUGGUGUAGUAUAUGUAGUCGGUGUAGUAUCUGUGGUUGGUGUAGUUAGUGUAGUUGGUGUAGUAUAUGUAGUUGGUGUAGUAUGUGUAGUUGGUGUAGUUAGUGUAGUUGGUGUAGUAUAUGUAGUUGGUGUAGUUGGUGUAGUUGGUGUAGUAUAUGUAGUUGGUGUAGUUAGUGUAGUUGGUGUAGUUAGUGUAGUUGGUGUAGUUGGUGUAGUAUAUGCAGUUGGUGUAGUAUGUGUAGUUGGUGUACUAUAUGUAGGUGAUGUAGUAUGUGUAGUUGGUGUAGUUACUGUUGUUGGUGUAGUAUAUGUAGUUGGUGUAGUAUGUGUAGUUGGUGUAGUAUAUGUAGUUGGUGUAGUAUGUGUAGUUGGUGUAGUUAGUGUAGUUGGGAAGUUAGUGUAGUUGGUGUAGUAUAUGUAGUUGGUGUAGUAUGUGUAGUUGGUGAAGUUAAUGUAGUUGGUUUAGUAUAUGUAGUUGGUGUAGUUACUGUAGUUCGUGAAGUAUAUGUAAGUUGGUGUAGUAUGUGUAGUUGGUGUAGUGUAUGUAGUUGGUGUAGUAUGUGUAGUUGGUGUAGUAAAUGUAGCUGGUGUAGUAUGUGUAGUUGGUGUAGUUACUGUAGUUGGUGUAGUAUGUGUAGUUGGUGUAGUUAUACUGUAGUUGGUGUAGUAUGUGUAGUUGGUGUAGUAUAUGUAGUUGGUGUAGUAUAUGUCACCGUAAAAAAAAUGAAGUUGGGUGAAGUCGAACUCAGAAGCUCAUCCCUCGACCGUUUUCCUUUUUACUAUACGUCCAUUUUUAUGAUUUUACAGCCGCUGGGAUCUGGGUAUCAUGAAAUAAAAGUUAAUAAAUUACCUGACUGAGACUGAGCAUGAAGCGAUGAGACAAAGGCAGCGAACUGAGGAUCACUGAAAGGUUAUCUUUGCGAGUGUUUUUAUUUGUCGUCAUACAUUCCACAUGUAAGCACGCACUUCGAAAAGAGUCGAUGAUUAAGCGUUCUGUGGACGAUUUGGAACUUUUCGAUGAUCAGCGCCGAAAAAGUGCCAGGAUCAGGAUUUGAUUUUUGUCAUCACCGUGGAGUGGAUUUCGCCAGUUAAGCACCGCGUGCAAAAGCGAUGACCUAAGUAGCAACUAACGAGGAAUGCUUUAUUUCCGAAAUUUGAGAAAUUGCAGUCUUCCUCUACAACUGACUCGCAUCACCAUGAGAGUUGCCUGAUAAAACUGGCACUUGAGAAGUUGAACAGAAGAGAACAGUUGCUCGACCGUGAAGCUAACUCAAAAGUAAUUCGCUAAAGCCGAGGAAAUUGUGACAUCGCGAUCCAGUCCAAAGACCCACUUAUCCCAAGAAAAACAAAAUGGAUUGUAUCUGCGACAAAAGAAUUAUGACUGACUAACAGCACAAUUCUCAGCAGUUAAUGUAGAAAGUUAGGCUCAAUUCUUUCCUUCGAAUUCGCAUGUGUAGAUCACUUUUUCGUGAGAAAACAAUGGCUGGGCUCGGCGUUACAAAACAUAGCAGGGAAUCAUCACACUAGCUUACGGACAAAACAACCACAAGGACUACAAGUAUUUUUUCCGAUAAACGGAUUUCGGGAAAAAAAAAAACUUGAAAAACUAGUAAUUUGAUUAACAUUGAGUCAUUUAGUCGAAAUAAAAACCUCAACGCUUAAAAAAAAUGGCUAAAGAAAACGAAUCCUGUCAGAACUACAGACUGCAGGUAGUAGUUAAUCAUUAUGCAUGUAACAGACCAGCUUCAUGGCCUCUUAAUGUGAGACAAGAAACCACAAUUAUGAUUAACACAGUCAGAGUUUAAAACUCUCCACAGUGUAAUCUACCGGCUAGAAAGAAAAGAAAGAAAAUCUCUGAGGGAUGAAAACGCUAAAGUCACGUUUCACUAGCUUAUGAUUGUGUUUGGCCUGUCAACACCGAAUUUCCUGUUGUUUAAUGAAGUACAAUAGCAGCGUCAUUUCGUCGUUGUGAUUGGCUAUUCCCACCGUCGGCGCGCGAAGUCUCCCCUGGGAACCGUUCUAAUUAUAAAUCUACUCGGGAAAGGGUUGGCUCCGAAGGUUUGUAUGGGAGAUAGGGGCUCCAUUUGAUGGGCUCCUGGUGUAGUAUAUGUAGUUCGUGUAGUUAGUGUAGUUGCUUUAGUAUGUGUAGUUGGUGUAGUUUGUGUAGUUGGUUUAGUUAGUGUAGUUGGUGUAGUAUAUGUACUCGGUGUAGUAUGUGUAGUUGGUGUAGUUGGUGUAGUAUAUGUAGUUGGCGCAGUUAGUGUAGUUGGUUUAGUAUAUGUAAUGGCGUAGUAUGUGUAGUUGGUGUAGUUUGUGUAGUUGGUGUAGUUACUGUAGUUGGUGUAGUAUAUAAAGUUGGUGUAGUAUGUGUAGUUGGUGUAGUUUGUGUAGUUGGUGUAGUUACUGUAGUUGGUGUAGUAUAUGAAGUUGGUGUAGUAUGUGUAGUUGGUGUAGUUUGUGUAGUUGGUGUAGUUAGUGUAGUUGGUGUAGUUACUGUAGUUGGUGUAGUAUACGUAGUUGGUGUAGUAUGUGUUGUUGCUGUACUAUAUGUAGUUGGUGUAGUAUGUGUAGUUGGUGUAGUUGGGGUAGUUAGUGUAGUUGGUGUAGUUACUGUAGUUGGUGUAGUAUAUGUAUGUUGGUGUAGUAUAUGUAGUUGGUGUAGUAUGUGUAGUUGGUGUACUAUAUGUAGUUGGUGUAGUAUGUGUAGUUGGUGUAGUUAGUGUAGUUGGUGUAGUUACUGUAGUUGGUGUAGUAUGUGUAGUUGGUGUAGUUACUGUAUUUGGUGUAGUACGUGUAAUUGGUGUAGUAUAUGUAGUUGGUGUAGUAUGUGUAGUUGGUGUAGUAUAUGUAGUUGGUGUAGUAUGUGUAGCUGGUGUAGUUACUGUAGUUGGUGUAGUUAGUGUAGUUGCUUUAGUAUGUGUAGUUGGUGUAGUUGGCAUAGUUGGUGUAGUAUGUGUAGUUGGGCUAGUUUGUGUAGUUGGUGUAGUAUGUGUAGUUGGUGUAGUAUAUGUAGUUGGCGUAGUUUGUGUAGUUGGUGUACUAUGUGUAGUUGGUGUAGUAUGUGUAGUUGGCAGAGUUGGUGUAGUUAGUGUAGUUGGUGUAGUAUAUGUAGUUAAUGUAAUAUGUGUAGUUGGUGUAGUAUAUGUAGUAGGUUUAGUAUGUGUAGUUGGUGUAGAUAGUGUAGUUGGGGUAGUUAGUGUAGUUGGGGUAGUUAGUGUAGUUGGUGUAGUUAGUGUAGUUGGUGUAGUUUGUGUAGUUGGUGUAGUUAGUGUAGUUGGUGUAGUAUAUGUAGUCGGUGUAGUAUGUGUAGUUGGUGUAGUUAGUGUAGUUGGUAUAGUAUAUGUAGUUGGCGUAGUUAGUGUAGUUGGUGUAGUAUAUGUAGUUGGUGUAGUAUGUGUAGUUGGGCUAGUUUGUGUAGUUGGUGUAGUUAGUGUAGUUGAUGUAGUAUGUGUAGUUGGUGUAGUUAGUGUAGUUGGUGUAGUAUAUGUAGUUGGUGUAGUUACUAUAGUUGGUGUAGUAUGUGUAGUUGCUGUAGUUUGCGUAGUUGGUGUAGUUUGCGUAGUUGGUGUAGUUAGUGUAGCUGGUGUAGUAUAUGUAGUCGGUGUAGUAUGUGUAGUUGGUGUAAUAUAUGUAGUUGCUGUAGUAUGUGUAGUUGGUGUAGUUGGUGUAGUUAGUGUAGUUGGUGUAGUAUAUGUAGUUGGUGUAGUAUGUGUAGUUGGUGUAGUUUGUGUAGUUGGUGUAGUAUAGGUAGUUGGUGUAGUAUGUGUAGUAUGUGUAGUAUGUGUAGUUGGUGUAGUUUGUGUAGUUGGUGUAGUUACUGUAGUUACUGUAGUUGGUGUGGUUGCUGUAGUUGGUGUAGUAUGUGUAGUUGGUGUAGUUAGUGUAGUUUGUAUAGUUACUGUAGCUGGUGUAGUAUAUGUAGUUAGUGUAGUUGGUGUAGUAUAUGUAGUUGAGUUAGUUGGUGUAGUUAGUGUAGUUGGUGUAUUUGGUGUAGUUAGUGUA